GGCUAUGCCUUCCUACCGAAGAAGCGACGUGGCUUUCGUGUCGAAUCUCGACUUGCAGUAAUUGAUGCUCGAAAAGAAAUAGCAACCUGAUUAUCAGCAUGGCGGAUGCCCACCUGGCUGACAGCUGAGCAAACUCUGGGCAUUAGUGGGUAUGCUCAAGCGGCACUGUGCUCUGCUCAGGCAAUAUGCUUGUGCGGAACAGCCCUUGGCGCAACAUCAACCAGUCCUACCCGGGAGCCUUCCCUGGUUAGUGCAGCUUGCCCAAGCGGGCAUACCUCAACUCAACCCGUAGCCUUGCAUUACCCUGUCGGCCUGAGGCAUCCACCGAGCUUUGCAACUCGCCCUGUUCAAUUGGUUGUGUGCAGUUUGACAUCAAUUCCCGCCUCAACAGCAAGAAGGGCUUCAUUGCGACCGCGUGCUCUCGCCCUCCUCGCCCGCCAACCCCUGCUUGCUACGCCAAUCAACCUCGUCGUCGUCACAUUGCCUCUGCUCUGUGCUCCAACACGGCAUUGGUUCAAGCUGCGCGCGCAGCCGCUCUCGAAUACGCCUAGCCAGACGCCUGCGCAUUGACGUAACGCCUCUACCCACGGACUGCAUCUCAAGAUACGACGCCCUUCAAUAUGUCGAACAGACAGGCCGCCUUGUGAGACUUAGACCUCAUACACUCAUGUGCCUUCAAUCACGCUCGUUCUGACGACCGCUCUGCGCAGAUCGCUCUACCGGCGCUCGUUGAAGCUAGCCCUCGACUGGGCUGUUCAUCGUCAUCUCUGGCGCGGCCAGGCGCUUUACAUUCGUUCUUUAUUCGAGGCGAACCGCAACAUUACCGACGUCAGGAAACAAAGAGUACGACUUCCGUCAAUCAUGCCGCCUAUAAGUGCACCAUCUUCCCUGAUAGGUCCUGACACCACGACGGCCCACU